AUGAUGCAAGAAAUGCAAGUUCAACCCAUGCAACAUCUCAGUCACCCGAAGAGCAACAAUGUGAGCUCAAUUGUUGACACCGCCACCUUUAAGUCGAGCACGAUCCGCGCAAUGCGAGUGCCUAAGUUCUUGCGGAAUUUGUACGAUAUCCUGCAGUACGAGGAUCAGUCAAUCAUAUCGUGGUCGAGCGACGGCACUUAUUUCCAGAUUUUCGACACGAUGCGGCUCGAGACUAUGGUAUUGCCUAAUUACUUCAAGCACGGCAAGUUUGCCAGCCUUCAGCGCCAGCUCAACAACUUUGGCUUCCGCAAAUGGACUAAGACACAGGCAAGUGUCUGCACUUUUAGUCAUCACUACCUCGUACGCUGUCAUCCUCAGCAGCUGACCGACUUUAUCAGUCGACGCCCUCUUACCAAUUGCAUGCGUUCAGGUGCUGACGCAUCCUCAAAUUCCAGGCGUAAGCGAGCUCUCGCAGAAUUGCUGCCGUCCGCAGAUGCUGAAAAUUGUAACAGCAGUGCAUAUAGAAAUGUUUUGACCAUGGAAACAGACUAUGACCCACAGUGGCUGACAAAUCCGAUGAAGAAUGGCGAGGAAUAUAAUCUUACUGGCGCGUCUUCGGAGCAAGCACUAAAUAUUUUGGUAGAGGAGCUUCACGACAUCAUUCUACCUUCCACUGAUACAUUUAAGCAACAAGAUAGCAGUCGGUCUAUGGAUGAGAUUAAAUUACGCACGCUCAAUGAGUGCGUCAAUCUCGAUAUGGCUGUUUCACUUUCAAAUUUUGAGGCUGGCGAGCAUUUUCAAUCAAUUCCGUUCUCAUGCGACUCAUUAUUUGAACCACUUGUCCUCACGCACUCUGAUGAGUAA